AUGGUUUCAUGUAUGUAUUUGGGGGUUUUGUUAUCAACCCUCGCUAUGGUUGCUUCUCAGACCGUCGUACAAUACUUACCGGGCUAUCCUGGUAUUCUUCCUUUCAAAUUGGAAACUGGAUACAUUGGAGUUGGAGAAGAUGAAGUUGUGCAGCUAUUUUACUACUUUGUGGAGUCAGAAGGGAAUCCAGCACAAGACCCUCUGGUUAUUUGGCUGAAUGGGGGACCUGGUUGUUCUACACUCCGCAGUUUCUUCUAUGAAAUCGGUCCAUUGCUAUUUGAGUAUGGGAAAUAUGUGGAUGAUGUACCACUUUUAAAAUUGGACCCCAACUCAUGGACUAAGGUGGCAAAUAUCAUAUAUCUAGACUCACCGACAAUGACCGGAUUCUCGUACACAACAAUUCCUGAUAUCGUCACCAAUGAUACGUUAUCAGCAUCAAAUACUGCAGAAUUCUUAAGAAAGUUUGUGAGGGAUCAUCCGAAGUUUUUAAACAAUCCAAUGUAUGUUACUGGAAUUUCUUAUUCAGGCAUAGUCGUUCCAAUAAUUACCGAAGAGAUAUAUAAAGGAAAUGACAUGGGAUUAAAGCCGACUCUAAAUAUUCAGGGUUACGUGUUGGCGAACCCUUUGACGGACGUAAGGUCUGAUAUUAACUCUAGGCUUGAAUAUGCUUAUCAUACAGGACUUAUAUCUUACGAACUGUAUGAGGCUACAAAAAGUAAUUGCCAUGAUGAGUAUGUACAGGCGAAUCCAAACGACUUAUUGUGCAUGAAAAAUAUCGAAGAAGUCAACAGACGUGUUAUGGAUAUCAACUUGCAACACAUUUUGGUGCCUGAUUGUGAAGAAGAAGUGUCAGAUAUUAUAAAAGCGGGGAAUCCAAUAAGACCUACAAAGAGGGAGCUUAUUGGAUACGAACCAAUUAGAAUGCUCAAAGCAAAAACUUCACGCAAUAUGACUUUUUGUCCGGAUUACUAUUAUUCGUAUGCGGGAAUUUGGGCCAACAAUAAAAAGGUUAUGAAAGCACUCAAUAUACGAGAGGGCACAAUUAAGGAAUGGUCCUUACGGAACACGAAUAUGACCUAUCGAUAUAAUGAAGCUGUGGCAGGAUACGAAUUCAAUGUCAACGAUAGUGUCGUCUACCAUGCAAAGCUAACUAAAAGAGAUUGUCGUGCUUUGAUAUUUAGUGGGGAUCAUGACAUGGUUGUUCCAUAUAUUGGUACGCAUUACUGGAUACGUUCUCUGAAUCUGACAAACACCGACAGUAAUUGGGAAACAUGGUAUGUCAAGGAUCAAGUUGGAGGAUACAAAACUAGCUACGCACGCGAUAACUAUUCUUUACUGUUUGCAACCGUGAAGGGUGCGGGUCAUACAACUCCAGAAUACAAACAUGAAGAAUGCUUUACAAUGGUUAAAAGAUGGUUUGCUCAUAGACCUAUUUAAGUUAUUAAUUUGUACUUACACUCGUUCAUAUUCAUUCAUAGAUAUUUGUGAAAAUCAA